UGGCAAUUGACAUGCAAUUGCGCAUUAUACAAAGUUGUUGUUAAGAUUUGGGGAUGGGGCCAUGGUUGGCUGGCAAGUCACUCUCUAAAGAACAGUUGAGUCGUUUACUUGAACAUAAGUAUCACUGUGAAGGAGAAAGCAUAUGUGACAAUCUACUCAAGAACUUUUGGCAGGUGUCUUCGUUGUAUAUACCGACAUAUAUUGCUCCUAACACCCUAACUCUAAUUGGUUUACUCGCUAAUGUGUUUGCUUUAUGUUUGCUUUUAUCCUAUGGGGCUUGUUUCUUUACCUCAAUGGUGUUUGUAGUGUCAGUAUUCGUGUAUCAAACUCUAGAUGCUUUAGAUGGUUUGCAAGCUCGUCGUACAGGAUCGUGCUCUCAACUCGGUGAACUGUUUGACCAUGGGUGUGAUGCUUUAUCUAUAUGCAUCCUUCCCAUUUCUUACUUCAUCAUCAUUGGUUUCGAUGAAUGGCCUAUAAUGAUGUUUAUACAAUACUUCUGUUUGCAAGCCUUUUUUUAUGUAGCCCAUUGGCGAUGUUACGUCACGGGAGUCCUUGCAUUUGACCGGGUUGGAGUGACAGAAGGACUUUUGAUUGGAAUUCUAUUUGGUGUGAUAACUGCAAUAUUCGGUUCUUCUUUCUGGAAUAUAAAAGACCCACUUCUCGGUUUGGAACUCAAAGUUGUUCAAUUUCUCGUGUUCUCAGUUGUCAUGUUUUUCUUGGCGGUUCAAUUCGUUGACACUAUUUCGCAAGGUGGCUGUGGUAAAUAUGGGACAACCGUUGCUAAUACUAGUGUUCUGUUUCCAGUCUGUCCUCUUACACUUGCAAUUGGUUUACCUGUUUUGAUUGCUAUCAAUUCUCCGAUGAAUCUUUAUCACCAUUCACCUUUUACUUUCCUGUUAACGUUUGGGAUUGUUUCAGCUAAAGUUUCUCAACGUUUAGUGGUUGCUCAUAUGACUAAAAGUUCUAUCUAUUUGUUUGACGCCGUUAUGUUUGGAUCAGCCUUAUUAGUCGUUAAUCAGUAUUUUUCGUGUCCGGUACCUGAAGUUUUAGUUCUAUGGAUAUCUUUGAUGCUCGGAGCUGUGAAUAUCAUAUUAUACGAUGCUGAUGUAUGUAUACAAUUGGCUAACUUUCUUAAUAUUUAUGUAUUCCAUAUUGGCCGACCAUCAUCUACGCGUCACAAUUUUAAGAAUACAUCUGUGAAAUCGUCAAUUCAAGAUAACACUUCCAAAAAUUCAAAUCGUGUACGAAACACUUCUCGUAAUUGAUGAUAAUUGAAAACUUUUUUUUUACCAAGUUCUUUGUAUUUUUCAUUUCCACGUAAGUUACAUAUAGUUUGCGUACCAUGUAUACAUUACAGAAUUAUUAACCAGAAAUUUUGGUUUUGAUGCAGUUGAAUCUAUCUUCUAUCUAACUAUAUUUAUACCUUUUUGUGUGUAUAGUAAGGAAAAUUCGGAAUCUCAGUUCUGUUUAACGUUCUCAAAAUGUCGUGAUACAAUACACUAAAUGAUCUAAAUAAAAAUCAAUUCCAUUUUCCACUGUACAAAUAUUUUGUUUAUAUAUUGCCGAUAAAGUUUAUAUGUAAUUUGUAAUUUCCAAGGCUCAAUAUACUACUCAUAAAUUCUUACAAUAGGAUCAAUAGUUUUUGUCACCUAUUCAUCUUUCCCCGUUUUCUUGUUGUUUUUCUUUCUUUCUUGUUCUCUUUUCAUGUGGUUUUUCUUUUUUUGUGCGCCAUUUGUACUAGUGGAACUAGUUUAUUUUUAUAUUUAUUAAUUUAUUUAUUCAUUAACUUUUCUUACAGUAAAUAUCCAUAUUUACAAUUAUAUUUUGUGUUUCCUACUUAUUUUAAAAAUCAUAUUGUAUAUGUGUAUACGUUAAAUCCAGUCUUGUUCCCUAUUUAAAAUAUAGAGAUAACUUAUGAAUAAUUACUUCAUACUAACCAGAUUUCGAACUAUGUAGCUUUCUGUUUUGAGUUUUUGUUUGUAUUUGUAGGGCGUUGUCGACCGCUGCAAAUUUUUUUAUUUAGAUAUUUCCCAUAUUACGAUUUACUUACAUUCUGUGUUGAGUUUUUUGUCCUAGAGCCAUGCAACUAUCAGUUGAUCGUGUAGAGCUAACUGAGAUACAUUCUAUUUUCGUAUAAGAAAUUGGCAGUGAUCG